AUGGAGAAGAUCUGCGUCGCCGUUCGCCUCCGCCCUCCCGUGUCCGAAAACUCCUCCUCCACCGUUGGAAGCUUCUGGAAGGUCGAAAAUAACCGCAUCUCUCUUCAUAAGAUCCACGGGACUCCUCUCUCUGCCUCUUCUCACGCUUUCGAUCACAUAUUUGACGAAAGAAGCACCAAUGCUAGUGUCUACGGGCUCCUCGCCAAGGAUAUCAUUCACGCCGCGCUCGAUGGCUUCAAUGGAACUGCAUUUGCGUACGGGCAGACCAGUAGUGGCAAGACUUUCACCAUGAAUGGUUCUGAAACUGACGCAGGAGUGAUUCCCCGGGCAGUUAGAGACAUAUUUACGACAAUUGAAACGAUGUCUGAUCGAGAGUUUCUCAUACGAGUUUCCUACAUGGAGAUCUACAACGAAGAAAUUAACGACCUUCUUGUUGUUGAAAAUCAGAAAUUGCAAAUUCAUGAGAGGCUGAAAGAGGAAAUUGUAAAUAGUGCUGAACAAGUGUUGAAUCUCAUUAAAGCAGGGGAAGUUAACAGACAUUUUGGUGAGACAAAUAUGAAUGUGAUUGAAAGCAAAGCAAAGGAUUCCAAUUCUUCCAGUGAUUGUUCAAUCAAUGAUGUUGUUCGAGUUUCAGUCUUGAAUUUAGUAGAUCUAGCUGGUUCUGAAAGGAUUGCCAAGACUGGGGCUGAUGGAGUACGUUUAAAAGAAGGAAAAUAUAUUAACAAGAGCUUAAUGGUUUUGGGAAACGUUAUCAACAAACUAAGUGAGGGUUCAAAGCAAAGGGGGCAUAUCCCAUAUCGUGAUAGUAAAUUAACUCGUAUACUCCAACCUGCUCUUGGUGGUAAUGCCAAAACGUCCAUUAUUUGCACCAUAGCACCAGAAGAGAUUCACAUUGAAGAAACAAGGGGAACUCUUCAGUUUGCUAGUAGAGCCAAGCGCAUCACGAAUUGCGUUCAAGUGAAUGAGCCCACAUUUGGCCAAACCUGUGUCUUGACAAAUGGAAUUUUACAGAUAUUGACAGAUGCUGCCUUGUUAAAACGGCAACAAUUAGAGAUAGAGGAGCUACGUAAGAAGCUUCAGGGAUCCCAUGCUGAGGUGCUCGAGCAACAGAUUCUUAAACUCCGGAACGAUUUGCUCAAGUAUGAAAUGGAGCGUGGGAAACUUGAAAUGGAACUACAAGAGGAGAGGAAAUCACGUAAUCAAUGGAUUAGGGAGCAACAGAUGAAAGUUGAAAAUUCUACUACUAAAUCUUGCUCAGACUGUGGGACGAACGGCAGUCAGGUACACCUCGUUUAUCUGAAUGAUCGUUAG